ACUCUGAGUAUGCGCCAUACACAACAGCCGCAGAACCGAGCAGUAUCGACAAACGUUCACAUUACAUUUAGACGUAACAACUAUAGUGUCACUUCUCUUCUUAUAUUUUAGUAACUUGACCAUUUAAAAUUUCAAUUUAUUAGUUUUAGUCGUUUAAGUGUUAAGUGAAUUCGAUUAUAUGUUUAUAAUGUAUAGUGCCGCAUCUUUAUACGCAUUCUGAAGCAAUUACGUAAUGGGAAUUAUGCUAGAGAAGUUUAUAGUAUUGCCCUGAAAUUCAACAUGGCCGCUGACACAGGAAUGGAUACUUGCCCCAGUCCGGAAAUUACGGACUCCAGAAAACGACCCCUCGAUGGAGAUUCGGAAAAUGGGGACGUCAAGAGAUCGCACUUCAGCUCCGUUCAAGACUUGGUGACGGCCUUGCCACUGGCUAACGGCCAUGGCAAUUUAACGUCUCAUUUCGCCGUGGAGCCGACGUACCACUUCAAGGUGUUGGUGCCGUCGAUGGUAGCCGGCGCCAUCAUCGGUAAAGGUGGCGAGACCAUCGCGCAACUGCAGAAGGAGACGGGAGCGAGGGUCAAGAUGUCCAAAUCUCACGAUUUUUAUCCAGGUACAACGGAACGAGCAUGCUUGAUCACGGGAUCAGUUGACGGUAUCAUGGUGGUCCUGGACUUCAUCAUGGAGAAGAUAAAGGAGAAACCGGAACUCGUGAAGCCGUUCCCCGAGGGGGUGGACGCAAAGAUGCCCCAGGAUAGAGACAAACAGGUGAAGAUCCUGGUGCCGAAUUCGACGGCGGGUAUGAUAAUCGGCAAGGGCGGCAAUUAUAUCAAGCAGAUUAAGGAGCAAAGUGGCAGCUACGUGCAGAUAUCGCAGAAGGCGAAGGAACUCUCGCUUCAGGAGAGAUGCAUCACUGUAGUCGGUGAAAAAGAGAACAAUAAGAAGGCCUGCCUGAUGAUACUACAGAAAGUGGUGGACGAUCCCCAAUCGGGAUCGUGUCCGAACGUAUCUUACGCGGAUGUGGCGGGUCCAGUGGCCAACUACAACCCGACCGGCUCGCCCUACGCCGUGCCCACGACCGAGGUGACCGAGAGUCACGCACUAGUGGGAGGCGGGUCAGUGGCUGGAGUGGGAGGUGUCGGUGGAGUGGGGGGAGUGGGUGGAGUGGGGUCUGUCCUGCUCAACGGGUCCGGUCUGGGAGCCCUGUCUUUGUCGCUGUCGCUGGCGCCGCCCGGGACUCCGCCCCCUUCGCCUCUCACCCAGCAUACGCUCGACCACAUCAAGGUGGCGCUCCGCCAGGCCGGCUACUCGGAGGCCGGCAUCUCGGAGAUCGGCGCGGCGCUGGCGCUGCUGGUGAAGCACGGCGUGCUGGGGCUGGCGCUGCCCGCCGCGCUGCCGGCGCCGCUGUCCGCCGCCUACUUCCCGCUGCAGCAGGACUCGCCCGCCGUCUUCGGCCCGCUGGCGCAGGUGCAGCUCGGCGGCGCGCGCGGCGGCUCGCUCGAGCGUUUCGCGGAGGUUGCAUUCGAGGCGCUUCGCCCCCCAGCCGUGGCGCCCAUCAGCCUGCCGGGCGGCGUGGGCUUCCCGUCCGCCGGCCUGCUGCCGCUCUCCAAGAGCCCCACGCCGGCGGACGCGGGCGCCAAGGACUCCAAGAACGUGGAGAUCGCCGAGGUCAUCGUCGGGGCCAUCCUCGGCCCCGGCGGCCGCAGCCUGGUGGAGAUCCAGCAGAUGUCGGGCGCGAACAUCCAGAUCUCCAAGAAGGGCACGUUCGCGCCCGGCACCCGCAACCGCAUCGUCACCAUCUCGGGCACGCAGACCGCCAUCAGCAACGCGCAGUACCUCAUCGAGCAGAAGAUCCAGGAGGAGGAGCUCAAGCGCACGCGCCACAACGCCAUCUCCGGCCUCAUGCAGUAGCGCCGCUUCUAGUCAGGCUCAGCCUCGCCCGAGCGCAGUCAGUCGGCCGACACGUAGUCACGGAUAUGAUUUUAUUGCAUGUAGUUCUAGUUUUCAAGUUUCAUUCGCCGCGUCGACGCGAGUACGAUUGUGAUAAUAUCCUAUCACGGAAAUUCCUAUUCCAGACACGUUUUUAUUUUUAUAUACAUAUAUAUAUGUAUCGUUCGCCGAUUACGUUUUUUUUUUUUUUUUUAUUGUAAUUAUUAUUUACGAAGUUGAUUUCAUUGUAAAUGUUACCAUUGAUAAGUUAUUUUAGUGUACUUGACGUGUUAGGGUAAAUUUGAAUUUAUAUUGAACGUUUCGCCGCGCAGUUAUACGAGCCGCGCAGCAGGGCGGCGCCCGGAGUGCAAUAGUUACAGUGUUCUGUCGCCUUGUUUACAGUCGACGGUGACUAAUUGUUUUCAUUCCUGUUCUCGCGUGUUUAAAGAUCUUUAUUUUUUAUACGUUUACGAUAUAUUUGUUUUCUUCGCGUAGGAUCGUUUCGUAGUCGUUCGUUUCUUCGUCGGUCUAAAUUUUUCGUCUUAAUGUAUAAGUACAAUUUUAAAAUAAACGAUGCAUGUCCAUAAUAGUAGAGGAGUUAUAUAUUUUAAAGGUUUUAAUGCAGAUUUCUAUAUAUUAUUCGAGAGGACAAUAUUAAAUAUUCUUAUUUACAGUUACGAUCUAAUUAAAAGUAUAGUUUAUUCCCGAGCGCCGCGGUCCCGGCCGGCGCUCCGUCUCGUAGGAUAAUGAACAUAAUAAUGUAAGCUGUGAUCGUUACGUUUCGACAUUGUCAAGGUACUUCGUCUCGGUUACGACGUAGCGUAGUUCCGAGCUCACGGAACAUCCUCCGGGUGGUAGUUUUAGUUGUUCGCUUACCUCAGAAGUGCCAUCGACGUAAGUAGAGGGUAGAACCGCACCGCGGUCCCACGUUGGGCGCCAGUUUCGAACUUUAUGCUAGUUGAUUUUACCGCGUCGCCGGCUUCGGUUCCGAUCGUGGCUGAGUCGGAAACGCUCUCGGGUGACGGCCGAGCUAAUUAGAUCCAGUUAUAAUAUUAAAAUGUUUCCCCGGAACCGAGCCCGGCGACGCGCCACGGCGCCGAUCGCCUUUCAAAAGGAUUGAAGUACAAAUGAUUAUUAAACCAUAAUAAAUAUAUACGAAUCGGCUUAAAACUAUCGUAUAGUUCGUAAGUGAAGGAAUUGAGAGAUGAUUCUCAGUUCGGAAGUCGCAGCGACGUCGGCGACGCCGUGACCUCGAGCGGACGUGAGUUAAUAUUAUAUUAAAUAAAUUUAAUAUUAUUGUUGUAAUGUUACAACUGUCCAACGACAUCUGAUAACAAGUUGUGGUUGUUAUGAUCUUAUAUUAUACGUGUGUUAUGUAGGUAACAUUACAUCGUAGUUUCAUUGAAGUAGCUAGCGUAGUGUAUAUUCAAUCUUUAAAAAUGUAUUAUAGAUACGCUGUUCGAACUCUCUGGUGUUUUUCGACUUUCUCAUCUUACUAUAUAUUCGGGGGUAGGUGCAUAUUUUGUCUCGUGUCAAUUAUAAGGUUCUUCGCGUUCGCGACCCCGGGCGAGUCGGUCGGAGUCGGUCGUUCGCAGUCGGGACUCCGACUGGGGUUACACGGGGGUCGCGAACGGGUGGACCGGCGGGUGAACGGCGAAAGCCACCCGACGCGUAUUGCCUGUCAAGUCGAUUUUACAAGCUCAAUUUUAUUGAAAAAAAAAAGUUCUCGAUUAGCCAGUACGUGUAAGUGAAUACGUCAAUUAUUCGAAAUCGAUGUGUCCGAGCGGCAAUCGAUCGGGUCGCCAGUAGUCGUGGCCUGAGCCGGGUCUCCGCACCUGUAUCUCUUCGGGUCUCAUCCUCCUUCGUCGUUUGAUUUGUUCUUUACAAUGUUUCCGACUAACCGAAUAACAUUCCAUCUGUUGUCUCUCUUCUCUUCCGUAAAUUAGUAUAAAUCUUAUCGAAAGCUUUACACAGAUGUUAGAUUGUUGAAUUAUUAUAGAUAUCUAGUCGUGUUAUCGCAUGCCCCGGUCCCGAUCGUCGAUCGCAAUGUAAAGAACAUCUCGAAGGUUAAGAGUUAUCGAUUCGAUUAUAGUUAGUUAAAUUAAUCAUUAUUAAAGAAUUAAAAACGAUACAUCGGGUACGUAUAGAUAAUUUUUAAUUAAAAUACUGCAAAAAAAAUGUUGACGUUGUUAUACUGAAGUUGUUACAAUAUUUGAGAGUAUAUUAUCGUGAGUGACAGACUACUGAUUCUUAGUACGGUAACAUUGUCAGAAGUUAAAAAAAAAUGUUUGCGUGGAGAGAUAAUAAAUAGUAAAAGUCGUCCCGCACUCGCGCCGCGGGUGGGGGGGAGGGGGGAGAUAUAGCGGGUAGUCCCCGCCCGCGGCCAGGACUCGAUGUCGUAGGCUAAGGUAGGUUAGUAGCGCGGUGUAGGAACUUGGCUGUGCGAGUCGAACUCAACAUAGCGGCCGCCGCGCGCCUCCGCGCCUCGUAAUCUGUAUAUAAUUGCAUAGCAUUCGUUUCAUUUACGUUUCAUUUACGUUCCUCCUUGCUCAUUGUCAUCAAUUUAUUAAAGACUGAGGAAUCAAAUCGCGCAUAUUGACAUCGUCACGGACGCGCCCGCGUCGGUAGGGAAUAUUGUAAUAUAGCGUCACGCGCGGCGGCCGGGCCUCAUCCUUUACACAUGUUGAGAUUGAUAUGUUAAACUAAUUCUAUUGAAUUGUACCUUGUUGCGUAUUAUAAGUGUGUAUAGACAGCGCCGACUCGGUACGUUGUAUAUGAUAUGUUGAUACAUUUGUUGCUGUACAGAUUCAAUGAUGGAAUUAUAAUAUUUUAUUAUUAUUAUUAUUAUUAAUUAUUGUUUUGUUAACUUGGUUUAUCGUAAACGGGUCUGCAAAUGUUAUGACGAGAGAUAAAAUUUCAUUAUGUUUUUAAAAUGCAAUGUUUUUUAUUUUAUUUAAAAUUCGCUAUAUUUUAGUCAGAGUUUAAUAAUUGUUUAGUUGUAUUGUGGAAGUGAUUUUCUAAUUAUUGUUAUUUUGCAAUAUCGUAAAUGAUAAGAGGUCAAUAUGAAGGUUACAAUGUCUUAGUGUUAAAAGCUCGAAAACCAAUAAAAGGGUACCUUGAACAUUGUCUAUAACUAUUAUAUUAACAUUAAAUAAAUGCAAAAUGAUU